AUGUCGAGUGCAGAUGAUGUAAGAGCUAAAAGAUUGGCAAAGUUAGCAAGUUCUGCAAACACCAAUUCAAAUCGCCAACAAUCGCCGACCGUGGAAACUUCAACGACCAAUGUUGCCACCACCAAUGUUGCCAGCAAAGACAACAAUUCAGAAACUGAAAAAACAACAACCGCACCUAAACCAAUACUGGAACCUCCCACUAAACCAACCGUGUCUGAUCGUACUCCUGUAGAUCAAACAUUACCGAAAGAAGAUCAAAUUUCAUCAUGGAUUAGAUUGGAAUUGGAAUACAUAUUUCACGCAACAACAGUAAAACUGUCCGAUAAUUCCAAGGGAUUGAUUUUUUUACCUGAUUUGGCCUAUAAUGUAAAUGACACUAAUGUUAAAUUAAAUGAAGAUCACAUUGAAUCGAUUUUUAUGGAAAUUUUAACUGAAUUGGGUGUUCCAAAACAAUACAAAACACCAAUGGAAUAUUUGUACACAGUUUACCACAUUGCAUUCAAAACUAAAAGAACACUUCCUGUGAAAUCUACAUUCUAUGAAGAUAAGAUGGCAAUUCUAAAUAGGAUCAUUAGCCUUGUGACUGCUUAUGGUAAUAUGAGUUUCCAAAUGCCAGACAUGUUUGUUAAUAAUGAUCUACGUAAAUCACUUGAUUUGUUUAUUGACAGAUUUGGUGAUUUAUCGUCAUUUUUGAGUGAUAUUAUUCAAGUCAGUAUAGAAGAAGAAUCAUUGCUGGAAUUGAUGAGUUUGUUUUUCACAUAUUUGAGUACUCGAUUAUAUCAAGCAAAUUUAAAUGAAAGGAAAUAUUUGAAUUAUAUCUCUGUUUUCCAAUUUUUGGUUUCUAUUAAACCUGUUGCAGCUAUUUUUUCACAAAUUGACGGGUUUCAACCUCCAGACAAAACCAAGGCUUUGGAUUAUGAACAUAGAACAUUGUUGGGUCCAUUAUUAAGGAUUUCUCCAUUGUUAGAUAAUAUGGCUAGUUUUUAUUUUGGUCAAGAAACUAGCACUAUGACACCAUUACAAAUCGAUAAUCUUUAUGGGUCAAUGCAAACAGAAUAUAAGGUGGUCAUUGAUCAUUUGUUUACCAUAAUUGAUAAGUUAAUCAGAGGCUCAACCAAAACCAGAGAAGACUUGUUACAGUGGUUAGGUAGUUUAAUCAACUUGAGUCAUUUAAGAAGAGGUAGUCAUGCUGAUUUCAGAAAAUUGCCUAGUGACGGGAUAAUGUAUAAUAUAUCGGUUAUUUUGAUCAGAUUAAGUUUACCAUUUUUAGAUUAUCCAACGUUUAGUAAAAUCGAUAAAAUCGAUGUUGAUUAUUUUUUGAAAAGUGAUUUAAUUGACAUCAAAGAAGAAUCUCGAGUGAAUUCCACUAUUGAAGAAUCAAAUGAAUACUAUGCAAAAAGAAAACAGGAAACUUCAAGUGAUAAUUUAACUCCUCCUAAUUUUAUAUCUGAUUGUUUCAACUUAACUUUAGCUUAUUUGCAUUAUGGUGUUGGUGGUAUUUUUGUCAAGCAUGAUCGUUUAAAACGUCAACUUGACCAAAUGGAGCAAAGACUUGAAGCUAUUGAAUCUGAAAGUUCAAUGCCUAAUCCGAUGAUGCAACAAUUGAUGAGAAGGGAAUUGCCAGGUUUAAAAAAUGCCAUUAUCAAUAUGAGAGCUUCAAGGCAUGUCAUUAAAGCUAUUUUUAGUGAUCGUAAUCACCAAUUGGAAAUCUUUGAUUUUGUUGUUGGUGCUACCACCUUCAUUACGAGAUUAAUUGAUCCACAACACAAAUAUCCUCAAGUUAAACUUUCUAUACCAAUUUUCAAGAUUUCUAGUGUUUCUCAGUUGGAUGAUCAUGAUUUUUUGAAAACGAAAACACCAGAACCUUGGAAGUAUUAUCCUGAAUUUAUAUUAGAAGGUAUUAUUAAUUAUUGUAAAUUCUCCACUAAAUUUAUUGGAUGUCCUUUGGUUUCUAAUGAGGAUAAAUUAAAUGUUUUCGUUGAAUUUCUGACAAUUUUGUUGAGAUGUCCCGAAUUAAUUGGUAAUCCUCAUAUGAAGGCAAAUUUGGUUGAGUUGUUAUUUAUGGGAGCUUUGCCUAUGCAAAAUGGAUCACCAGGUUUUAUUUCCAAUAUUUUCAACGGUAACCAAUUAGUAAUGGAUAACCUUUUGUACUCUUUACUUGAUUUUUAUGUCAUGGUAGAGAAAACGGGGGCAUCAUCUCAAUUCUAUGAUAAAUUCAAUAGUCGUUAUUAUAUCUCGGUGAUAUUGGAAGAAUUAUGGCAGAAUCCCCGUUAUCGUUCUCAAUUAACUGAUUAUUCCAAGAACAAUGUUGAUUUUUUCAUUCGAUUUAUUGCUCGGAUGUUGAAUGAUACUACAUAUUUGUUGGAUGAAACGUUUAAUUUGUUGAAUUCCAUUCAUGAUUAUCAACAAGAAAUCAAAAAAAGGGAAUCCGGAGGUGAAGAAAAUGAAAGUAUGGGUACAAAUGAAGAAUUAGCCAAUCAUUUGGAAGAAGAUGAACUUCGAGUUAAAUCUUAUAUGGGGUUAUCAAAUAAAACAAUGGAAUUAUUCAAAUUAUUUACUAAAGAGGUUCCACGAGGGUUUGUUUUACCUGAAAUUGUUGAUCGAUUAGCUGGUAUGUUGGAUUAUAAUUUAUCAAUAUUGGUAGGUCCAAGAUGUUCAAAUUUAAAAGUUGCUGAACCAGAAAAAUAUCAAUUUGAACCUAAAAAAAUAUUGAGUGAUUUAUGUGAAAUAUAUGUUAAUUUAUCAGCUCAACCAGAAUUUGUUACUGCUGUUGCUAGAGAUGGUCGAUCAUUCAAUGUUGUUUAUUUCCAAAAAGCCGAGAAAAUCUUGACUACAAGAACAUUUAUUAAAAAUGAAAUCAUUAAUGGAUUGAUUGAAUUCGCCAAUAGGGCAGAAAAGGCUCGAUUGGAUGAAGAGACUGAAGAACUUGAAUUGGGUGAAAUACCUGAUGAGUUCUUAGAUCCAUUGAUGUUUACAUUGAUGGAAGAUCCAGUCAUUUUGCCAUCGUCUAGAAUCAGUAUUGAUAGGUCGACUAUCAAAGCGCAUUUGUUAAGUGAUGCUACUGAUCCAUUCAAUCGUGUACCAUUAAAACUUGAAGAUGUGAUUGAUGAUGUGGAAUUGAAACAAAAAAUCCAAGAUUUCAAACAAGAAAAGAAAAACUUACAAAAACAGAAUAGUAAUGUUGAUCAAGAAGAAGAAGAUGUAGUCAUGAAAGAAUAA